AUGUCCUUUAAUGAAACCUCAUGCGAUAUUCACCUGUCCGCCGAGGGUGACGGCACUCAUUUGGCGGCAAUAUGUAACAACGACGAGGGUUCCGGUCUGACUACCGAUCUUCUUCUUGACAGAUGCCUAGGCAAUAGAGAUGGUAAGAUCAACCUGAUGAAACGUCGUUCAAACAGAGAUUUUAAUCUUCUCUGUGCGGUAGGCCACUUUGAAUGGGGUGGAACGAACUUCAGCAAGAGUGCAAAGAACAUCACCUUUAGCACUGAACGACCGGAUCGAAAACCAAUUCUUUGCUCUGAGCUUCGCAAUUCAUCUGGAGAGUACGUUUCAGACAAGAUUGAUCUCACCGAUCACAUCGCAAAUGUCGAGGGCGAACUACAGUACAUGCAGUCUGAAGAUUGA